AUGAUCCCUGUGACGUGGAUGCUUGAAGUGGCCUUCUCCUGCGAUAUGACACCUACAUUUGCAGAGGAGGAGAGUGUAGCUGAAGUGGACGCAGAGGAUACUGGAUGCCGUUGCCAACAGAUGUUGGUGUCGCUUUCAGAUGAGGAUCUGGCGUUCAUGGAUUCGCCAUCCUUCCCAAGUGUGGAAACACAUAGCUCCAAAGACACUCAAGACGGUCGUCAUCGUGCUGGUCCCCGUCGCAAUCACAAAAUCGAAAAAGUUAUUGCGCAACUCCGCACAAAACGGGUUCAUGCACGGUCAGAGCUUAUUGAGUUUUUGGCCAUCAAUGGCUUCAACGUGCGAGACGUCAACUGCAAGAAACGCACUCGGUGGGAACUUGGUUAUACCUAUCCGCUGCAUAUGGCAGCGGCACAGGACCGGCCCCGCAUCGUAAGUUUGUUGCUGCAAUGUGGAGCAGAUGCUAUGGCAAAGGAUUCAAGCGGGCGCAAGGCAGAGGAGAUGGCCAUCAGCGAGUCCGUCCGCGCAAGCUUUUCAUGGCGCAAACACACUCGAAGAGUGCUUUGGAAACUGUGA